AUGGCUUUCCCCAAGUCUCUCCUCCUCUCGGCUCUGCUCGCCGCAGCAACUGUCAAGGCGGCUCCGCUGAAGCGCGCCACUACCUGCAAGGUCGAUUCUGGCCAUUACGGCUCCAUCACCAUCAAUGGUGCGGCGCUGAGCCUCGGCGAGGAUGGCAAGUUCGUCGUCGGCGGCCAGCCCCAGCAGUUCAGGGCUGGUAUCUGCCAGACUCACAACGAGGAUCCCAAGGGCUACACCGUCGACACCAUCGGCUACGUCGUCAACGCUUACGACGAGUCCCAGUGUCUCACCGCCAGCGCUCUCGACCAGACCGGCGCCACCUUCUCCUUCCAGGACUGCAAGCUCGACGCCAACCACGCCGAUGCCACCCAGAACUUCGCUUGGACCCAGGGCUACGUCUCCAACUUUGCCAAGCUCUACUUCAACGGCGAGUCGAACAACUUCGUCAACGGCACCAGCCACUCUGCCUACAACCUCAGGGGCGAGGGAGGCGCCAACACCGAUCUCAUCGUCGGCUACAGCCCCAACAAGCCUCAGACCAUCCCCGAGACGCGCUUCAACCUCAACUAUAUCCCCAGCUCCGUUGUUCUGCCCCCUCCCAUCAAGUGCUCCUCGCAGAAGGUCGGCCAGAUCCUCUUCAACAACCAGACCGCCGCAUCCAACACCUACUCGGGCCCCAUCAACGCCAAGUGGGAAGCACAAGCCGGCACUACGGACAAGUUCGUCUUUGAGCAGUGCGACUAUUCUUCCGCCGGCUUCACUUCCAACGCCGACGUGACUUACGGUCGACUGCGACCCGGCACCGACCUCUCCAACGGAGAGUACAACUGCUACCAGUACACCGGUGACGAUGGUGCGACCGGUGAUAACAAUACCCCCACGGCUUCUCCGUGGAUCAACGGCCUCCAGGUGCAGGAAUGCUGGAACUCGCCCGACAAUGCUCCUGGCGAGCAGCUCGUCCGCCUCAACAACAACGACAACUCGUUCGUCUUUGUUCCCUUCCCCGCCGACCAGCCCGAGCCGGGCAACGAGUACUGGUACACCCAGGGCGACUACGUCGACGAGUACGGCGUCAACCAGUACGUCUGGGAUUCCGCCGGAAUUGGCCAGGUCUACCUCGACAGCUCCAACGCCAACCUCACAAAGUACCCACCUGGCAAGGUCACCUUCCAGGCCAGCUGA